AUGUUCCUUUCAGUAUGUAUCCAGUAGCUUCUCUACAGGUUCAAAGGGAAAGUACAUUGGGACUCCCAUAUUGUACUAUACCAACUCUGUUUCAACUUUCCAAGUUAGAUUACUUGUUUGUGGGGACAUUAAUCCCAAUCCAGGUCCUUCUAGUGAUGUUCCCAACCCAAGUUUGGAUACUGUGAAGGUGAUGGAGAAUACAGAUGACAGUGAACCAAUCCUAGUCGAUGACAACGAGGAACCACCGAACUACAACUCAAUUAAAGCAAAUGAAGAAACAACAUCGGAAACAUCCGGAGAUGGCUCCCGACAAGUCACGAACAAUUUCGAAAAUGUCCGAAAGACUCUCCUGGGUUUUGUGAUCGUCACGGGUAUAGCGGUUUCGUGGGUCGGUUCGACUCAAUUCUCACAGAGUACAUACUCGGAAACCUUCAAUGCGCCUUACUUCAACGUUUGGUUUGGGACUUUAUGGAUGUUCAUCUGCUAUCCGUUUUAUGUGGCCGGUUCGUGGAUAUUCAAGAAGGAGAGUCGCAGUUAUUCGGGAACCGUCGACUUAUACAAGCAUUCCGAACGAGUAUUCGGGCGGAAGGGGCUCACCAUCAAAAACUACUUCCGAUUGGUCGCUCCCUUCGCGCUGUGCUGGAUGGUGACCAAUUAUAUGUACGUUUACGCGCUUGGUAGGAUUGCUGCAGCUGACGUCACGGCAUUGUUCUCCAGUAAUACCGCCUUCAUUUACAUAUUUUCGUGGAUUUGGCUUCACGAACGAAUUGUGCUUCUUCCUGCGAGGGGCGUAUCUGUUAUCCUAUCUAUCGGUGGUAUAGUACUUAUAUCAUACGCAGAUGGUUUUCAAGGAACUACUGCUAUCGGCAUCGCUCUCUCAAUCGGUUCAGCUAUUGGAUCGGCUUUUUAUAAGGUACUAUUUAAACGGUACAUCGGGGAUGCGACGUCUGGACAGGUAUGCUUGUUUCUGUCGCUGCUGGCGCUCUUUGAUUUAGUCUUCUUGUGGCCUGUACUACUCACCGUGUAUUACACAGGUUUUGAGCAGUGGGAUUGGAACAACAUGCCAUGGAACUAUCUUUGUGGUAGCUCAGCACUGUCAGUAGUUUUUAACUUCCUGAUUAACUUCGGUAUCGCGGUCACGUUCCCACUGUUCAUUGCUCUCGGUACCGUGGUUGGUAUCCCUCUAAAUGCAGUGGUCGAUCUCAUUUUCCGAGGGAGGGGAUUCGGUUCUUGGAAGAUCGGAGGCACGAUUCUCAUCGUUUUUGGAUUCCUCAUUAUGCUGAUGCCCGAAAGAUGGCAGGAGAAAGCAUACUGCUGUAAAUCCCGUAGAUCGGUGACGCUGAAUGGGAAUGAGGAAGCAGCGAAUGGCGGUAUCGAUAACCCGACGGUGGAGAGUGAAGCAUCCAAAAAAGAAAACAUGAAUGGAACGGUUUGAUGUUUUUUUUUUAUAACUGGUUUUAUAUUAUGCAGCAUGAGUCAUUUUCGGAUCACAAAAAUCUGUUCGACUUAAACUAAAUAAAACCCCUUAAGAAAGUUUGGUCGUGUGGGAGCAGAUUUUUUUUUAAAAUAAAUAAAGAAUAAAAAAACAAAAAACAAGGGGACCAACGAGACUCUGAGUAAAAUGUGACAGGCAAUUCGAAAGUUAUGGACAUUUAAAUGUUGAGAUCAAUAAUGGUAUGGUGAUCAUCCUGCUGGCCACAUACAAACAAAAUCUGUGAUGUCAGUCACGGCACACAUGUAGACCCCUCUGGACACUGAAAAUGUAACCAAAAACGCAUUUUUUGCUCAUUCUUGAUAAUGACAAACUAUUCAUCAAUAAUAUAAUGCUGUGAAACCUCUGUUACACGUCCUCUUAUACACAAGAACUCCUGACCUUGCGAUAGAAUAGAAAAAGGAGAAAAUUUAAGUGAAAUAAUGGGAAAGAUCCAGGUGUGUGACGUCACAGAUGUUGGUCGAACUGCUUAUGAGAGGAUCUACAUACUGUAUGAUUAUAGUGAUUUAAAUUUUCAGCUGCUCAAUACUUUCUUUCUUAUUAUUCGUCCAACCUUCAUCAAACUUUCAUUGAUCCGUUUUCUUGAUUUAUAUCUUUUAUCUUUUAUUUUUUAAGUGUUUCAUUCUACUUUCAGAGAGACAAGGCUUAAAAACAGUUUAACCAAAUUGCUUCGAUAUUUGGUCCUGCUUGUAAUAAAGUUACAUGUAUAACCUUUCGUGUUUGUAUCCGCCCAAUGCAACGAUAAACUGUGAUAACCGAUCUACGACAAGGGCAAGGAUGUGUCUGAAUAUGAUGUCAUUUGGCUGAGUACUAUUGCACUGUACUAAUAUUCAUAUACUGACAACAUAUAUUGUUAAUAUCGAAUCACGGAGAGUGCCUCAAUUCGGUAGGUAUUAUGUUCACAUUGGAAAAAUUCAUUUUUUUUUCUUAUUUUGUAUUUCUAUUCUAUUAUAAUAUUUGGCUGUUGUUAAUUUUGCCUGGUUGUGAAGCGAUUUUUUUUUAAAUCUAGGAAAAGGUGAAAGUCAUGUGACUAGCUAAGAGAGUAUUUGACACCUCACGAAGGGCACCACAAUCAAAUAGACCAGUUCGCAGUUUAUUUCAUGGGCAAUUUUGGUCAAAUGACCUUUCAUUUCUUUCAUUAUGAUAAUAGGCAGAUUUCAAAGUAAGAUAUUAUGUAAGCAUGCCUUACAUAGCAGUACGAAGAAAUCGAAUAGACCAGGUAACUAAAAUAGCACACCAGUGAACACUCUAUGAAGGUAUUUGUUGCAUUUCUACUUCGAAUGCAUUAGCAUGUUGUUAUAACAAUUAUACUUAGCCAACUGUGAAAUACCAUUUGCUAGUGGUUGGUGUUGUUUUUGUGGAUUAAUGAAAAGAAAAACACAAUUCAAAAGAAUUUAUGAAUAGACAUCAAAGUUGGAACUUAUUUCAUUAAAUAUUAAACCACCAUGUCACUUAAAAACCAAUGACCUUCUUCUGAUCAUGCGCAGAAUGCAACUACGAACUGGCUUAUUGGCUUUAAUAUACGAUAGAUACUUAAUAAUGACAUAAUACCCUAAAAAUGUUGUGGUAAUAAUAACAUCGAAACUUUUUAUCACAUUAGGUUGAUGAAUAUUUUGUUUUAUUUUCACCAUGUAUAACAAAAGUUAAUUAAUAGAAUAUAGUGUUACAUUGGCGAUACAAAUAGGAACUAAGCAUAAACAAAAUAUGUGUCAAGCACAUAGUACCUGAAAUACCAUCUUAGGUAUUAAAGAAAAGCAUGGUUCGAAUAAAAAAAAAAUCGUAAAAACAAAACUAAAACCUAUUAACAUAUAGACAUCAUCAUCAAGAAAAUUAACUACAGAACAAGUCCAAGCAAGCACCACGAAUCCGACAAUGGUAAAGCUUGUUUAAAAGUAUAUUACGAUAAAUAACAUAAUUAUUCAGUGGAAUGAAAUUUCCUGAAUCCGUAUUGGUGGUUAUUGAGUAAUUUGUAGCUAGUCAUAAACUUGUCUAAUCUAUCGUAAACCCCCCUUUAUAAUAUUUUAAAAAACAUGAACUUAUAAGUUAUAGAAUAGGCUGAUAAUUGGAAAAUAAACUAGUACCAUCUUUUUAUACAUUGGUAUAACUUUGGAAAUUUUCAUCAUUGUGGGACAAUGGUAUAGGUUGAAAACCUAAACAACGAGUGAUGAUUAUGUGUUAAUUUUGACAUUUUAUUUAUCAUGCUUAUUAACAUGAAAAUAUUGAAUAAUUGUUCUUAUGUAUCUUGGAUAUGAGUGAAAACUUGUACAUUGGUAACAAUGAUUAUAGCCUAAGAUGUACAUUUGCCUUUGAUUUGCCAUAAAGUUCAAUCAAACUGAAAUGAAAUGAUGGUUAUUUUAUUUGAUUGGCAAAUAAAACAAACCUAAGCAAUAA